CCGAUUCGUGUUUCCAGCACAUAGUGUUCAUAUACGCUGCGAUCUUUUCCUACUUGGUAGAAUCAUUCCUUGCCGGUCUCCUGACUUUCCCCUAGUACUGUACUCUCUAUACUCCGUAUACUUCUUUUCGCCUCCCAUCGGACGACGCAUUCGGAGCUUUUCACCACGUGCCUUUUCCCCGCCUUCUCCAGGUUUCCCCCCUCCAAUUCUCCGACUCCUGCAAAUCUCCUUGAUCAUCCCAGGUCCCUGCAUUCUUCUGUUUGACGGUCACCUUUGACCCUCUCUCUCCUUUCCAUUCCGGGAUUCUUCAUUCUUGACACGGCAGCGAAACGGUUAAGCUUCCGGCUCUCGGGUCCGGCUGGGAAAAAAAAUAAACCAGGGUCCACCUCCACCGACCGCGGUCUGGGGUAUUUCCUUUCUUCUGACACUAACCUGGAGAUGUCGACCGACUCCUGACGCUGCUGCAAUCUCUACCCAUCCUGCCGAUCGCACAGCUCGAAUUCUCCCUCUUACGUCCAGCCGAGGGGCGAAUGCCCGGAUCUGUGUGAUCUGCUUGACUCUAUGCCGCUGCAAGUUUAGUCCCGAGGAGAAGCAUGUCGGCCACCUCCACCUCUCUCCAAUCGUUCGCCAAUCCAUACUCUCCCUUCUCGUCCCGAUCGCAACCUAAUCGAAUGGCCCAAUCUCAAACCCCCGGAUUGGACACGCUCGCAGAAGGCUCCCAAUAUGCGCUCGAGCAACUCCAGCUCGCGCGGCAAGCCAGCGCGUCCAAUCCCCCGGCUGAUUGCGAGGGCAAACCCGUCAUCGAAACCGAGGCUUUAGAGCCUCAAGCCUAUCGCGAACAAAAUGGCAGACAUCCCGGAGUCAAAGCCUCUUCACAGCCGCAUGAUCCCCUCAUAGAUGCUCGGUCGGCCAUCCGCAAGAACUCAACCGCCACUGCGGUGCGCCGGAGGAUUAGCCGUGCCUGCGAUCAAUGCAACCAGUUGCGCACCAAAUGCGACGGGCAACAACCCUGCGCGCAUUGCAUUGAAUUCGGGCUCAGCUGUGAGUAUGCGCGAGAGCGGAAGAAGCGCGGGAAAGCCUCGAAAAAGGAUCUUGCGGCAGCCGCUGCCGUCGUCACUUCAAACGGUGACAAAGCUCUCCACGAUGGCGGUUCUGCGCAUGGCAAUUCCCCCAACGGCCAAGCCUCACACGAAGUGAACCCGCCUUACGAUCCAGCAUUCGACGCGCCUCGCACUAUACCGGAAUCCACACAGCCACCUCUGCGCAAUCCUAGCGUUCCGGGGUUAUCACGGAUGCAGCAGAACACUCACUCUGCCUCGGGGAAUCCUCAACCAUCAAUUGGAUCUGGUAUCGAUGGCAUCUCACUGAAUUAUGGAAAUGUACCGGAUUCGAAUCGGCAAUCGAUGUCGGUGCCUGACCUGCGCGCUUUGCAAAUGAUGCAACAGAAUGGAAAUCCUCGGUCGCCCGCUGCAAUGCUUCACUCUCAAGGAUUCGGAUCGGGGUAUCAUGAAGGCGCAUACUCUCUAAUGAACUCGCAUGACGCAAACGCGAACUCAAUCGGUCAAUUCCGACUCGGUGGCUCUGAGCAAAACCCGUCAGCAUCGUUCUUGGGAUUCUCCCCUCCAGCACAGUCACCCAGCUGGCUUCCUCUUCCAUCGCCAUCGCCUGCAAACUUCCCAUCCUUUAGUAUGGCUCCAUUCGCUAGUUCAUUAAGAUACCCGGUCUUGCAACCAGUUCUCCCCCAUAUCGCCUCCAUUAUCCCGCAGUCCCUCGCUUGCGAUCUUCUCGACGUCUACUUUACAAGCUCAUCUUCGUCACAUCUAUCACCAUUGUCACCCUAUGUCGUUGGCUUCGUGUUCCGCAAGCAAUCAUUCCUCCAUCCGACGAAGCCAAGAGUAUGCAGUCCUGGGCUCCUGGCCAGUAUGCUCUGGGUAGCCGCCCAAACAAGCGAAGCGGCAUUCUUGACUUCUCCCCCAUCAGCACGAGGGCGUGUCUGUCAGAAGCUAUUAGAACUGACUAUCGGUUUACUGCGACCUCUCAUCCACGGCCCUGCCACGGGAGAAGCCUCGCCGAAUUAUGCGGCGAAUAUGGUUAUUAAUGGGGUCGCGCUGGGAGGGUUUGGUGUUUCAAUGGAUCAGCUAGGCGCACAGAGUAGCGCGACCGGUGCUGUCGAUGACGUUGCAACAUAUGUUCAUCUAGCGACCGUGGUAUCGGCAAGCGAGUACAAAGCGGCGAGUAUGCGAUGGUGGACCGCGGCAUGGUCCCUCGCACGCGAGCUGAAGUUGGGCCGUGAAUUACCACCUAAUGUGAACACGCGUCAAGAUGGCGAAAUGGACACUGAAUCCGAAAUGGAUUUAAAUGGGAACAAGAGGCAACCGGCGUCGCUCUUAAAUUCGAUGGGACAUGGGCCUGGAAGCUCCUCGGUCAACCUCACUGAAGAGGAGCGUGAAGAACGUCGCCGCAUUUGGUGGCUUCUUUAUGUGAUGGAUCGCCACCUAGCUCUCUGCUACAACCGUCCUUUGACUUUGUUAGACAAGGAAUGUGAAGGUCUACUACAACCGAUGAACGACGAUCUUUGGCAAGCGGGCGAUUUCUCCGCGUACCGGCGUGCAGGCCCUGCCUUCGAAUGCACUAGCCACAGCACCUUUGGUUAUUUCCUCCCGCUCAUGUCUAUACUUGGAGAAAUCGUGGACUUGCAGCACGCUCGAAAUCACCCUCGCUUUGGACUUCAUUUCCGAAACAGCGGUGAAUGGGAAAGCCAAGCCAUGGAGAUUACUCGACAAUUGGAUGUGUAUGCGCAAAGUCUCAAGGACUUCGAGGCUCGCUACACCAGUUCAUUGGCUUUGGGUAAUGACAACGACACGACAAUGGAAGGCGCACAUAUCAACCAUGUUAGCCCAUCUGGUCGAUCUAAUAGCAGCACAGUCGGGUCGCAUGUCAGCGAGUCAAUCGUCCACACAAGGAUGGUUGUCGCAUAUGGCACCCACAUCAUGCACGUUCUCCACAUUCUCCUGGCUGGCAAGUGGGAUCCGAUCAAUUUGUUGGAUGACAAUGAUCUUUGGAUCUCAUCUGACUCCUUCAUCACGGCCAUGGGUCAUGCUGUCAGCGCUGCCGAAGCAGCCUCAGACAUCCUCGAGUAUGAUCCAGAUCUGAGCUUCAUGCCAUUCUUCUUUGGUAUCUACCUAUUACAGGGCAGUUUCCUCCUACUCUUGACUGCGGACAAAUUGCAGGGCGAUGCCAGUCCGAGCGUUGUUAGAGCCUGUGAGACGAUCGUGCGGGCACAUGAGGCAUGCGUUGUGACAUUGAACACAGAAUAUCAGAGAACUUUCCGAAAGGUAAUGCGCUCCGCCCUCGCCCAAGUACGAGGACGAGUCCCCGAAGACUUCGGCGAGCAACAACAACGCCGACGCGAAGUCCUUGCUCUUUACCGCUGGAGCGGCGAUGGCAGUGGUCUCGCUCUAUAAGCCUCUCGACCUCUCGAUUCCCCCACCGCUGGCCGAGUUCAUCACUACAUCUUCACAUCAUUCACCAUUUUAAUCGAUUCGGGUUCCAGUUCUGUCUUUCUGACAGGCUACGAAGCAUGUGGUCGGCCCAAAAACAUGAGUUUGGUUUCAUUUGAUGCUUGUAUUUCGUGUAUUAUAUGUUGUUUUACCGAACAUACCCCGAGGCGAGGCGCAAAGGAGCGCAGAUGUUUCUUGUCGAUUUUUUUUCUUCUUAUUAAUAUUCUGGUACAUGCCUACGAAAUACCCUUGAAGAGCAGCUUGAUAUUUGUUGAUUUAUCUUAUUCACUGUCUUAUCCAUAAUGUCUGCCGUCUAC